AAUAUAAAUAUCUAACAUGUUUUAAAAUACCCAGUACAAAAUGUCUUGAAGAGCAUUUUGGAUAUGGUUUGAUAGAUAUGUACCAGCAGUAGUACUAUUAAUUAACACACCCGCCCGCCCCUCUUCCUUCUUUAUCUCUCUCUCUCUUUCUCUCUCUCCUUACACUCGUGCGCAUCCGCAUCUCAUGCACAUUCCUUCCUCAUUCACUCACUCCCCCCGCAUUCACGUAUAAAGUUUAGCACUAAUUAAGCUCUCAGUACCAGAAGCUUAAUUAUCACAGCAAUGGAUGAUUUUUGGUGGCUUCUGCUUGCCACUUCAAUCACCUCCUUCGCCGCCCUGUUCUGUACAAUAACUAGAAGAAGAAGUAGUUUGCCAAGUCCACUUAUUCCUUCCGGCUCUCUCGGCUGGCCUCUCGCCGGCGAGACCUUCCACUUCAUCUCCUCCGCCUGCUCUCCCCGCCCAGAAACCUUCGUUGACAAACGCCGCCUCAUGUACGGGAAGGUGUUCAAGUCGCACUUGUUCGGGAGCCCCACAAUCGUGUCAACGGACGCCGAAGUGAGCCGAUUCGUCCUGCAGAGCGACGCCAAGACCUUCGUGCCGUCGUACCCGAAAUCUCUCACCGAGCUGAUGGGCAAAUCCUCCAUCCUGCUCAUCAAUGGCGGCUUGCACCGCCGGAUCCACGGCCUCAUCGCCGCCUUCUUCAAGUCUCCGCUUCUCAAGGCUCAAAUCACCGCCGACAUGAGCAAUUUCCUGCUCCGAUCAAUGGCCAAUUGGCCCGAUGAUCGGCCCAUAUUCAUCCAAGACGAAGCCAAAAACAUUGCCUUUCAAGUACUGGUGAAGGCAUUGAUAAGUGUUGAUCCCGGCGAUGAGAUGGAAAUUUUGAAGAAACAGUUUCAAGAAUUCAUAUCAGGACUCAUGUCGAUUCCCAUUAACGUACCUGGAAGUAAACUCCACAGAUCACUACAGGCGAAGAAGAAAAUGGUGGAGCUGAUACAGAGAAUCAUCGGGGCUAGAAGGAAAUCCAGAGGCGUCUGGGAAGUUCCAAAAGACGUGGUGGAUGUGUUGCUCCGCCAUACAAGUGAAGAAGAGCUGAAGGACGAAUUGAUAUCAGAUAACAUGAUCGAUUUGAUGAUUCCCGGAGAGGAUUCGGUGCCGGUUCUUAUAACACUCGCCGUAAAAUACCUCUCUGAUUGCCCCGCAGCUCUCCGGCAACUAGAAGAUGAGAACUUGAAGAUGAAGAGAUUGAAAGAUGAGCUUGGAGAGCCAUUAAGUUGGGGCGAUUACUUAUCCCUCCCAUUCACUCAAACAGUGAUUACGGAGACAUUGAGAAUGGGAAAUAUUAUAGUAGGGGUGAUGAGAAAGGCCAUGAAAGAUGUGGAGAUAAAGGGGUAUCUGAUCCCAAAAGGAUGGUGUGUUUUCACCUAUUUUCGUUCGGUUCAUCUCGACGAAAACCUCUUCGACCGGCCUUGCCAGUUCGAUCCAUGGAGAUGGCAAGACAGAGAGAUGAGCAGCAGCUGCAACAGCUUCUUCACUCCAUUUGGAGGCGGACGAAGGUUGUGCCCCGGGCUCGACGUGGCCAGGCUUGAAGCCUCCAUCUUCCUCCACCAUUUUGUUACUCAAUUCAGAUGGGUGGCUGAGGCAGAUUCAGUUGUGAACUUCCCAACGGUGAGAAUGAAGAAGGGAAUGCCAGUUUGGGUCAAAAGAAGAGGAGAAGUGUGUCUGUGAAGAGAGAGAGAGAGAGAGAGAGAGAGAUGCCUUUUGCCUGCAGAAGAGGAAAUAAUUAGCUUUAAUUUAUUUAGAGGGGAGGGGGGAAUUCAUUACAAAUGGUUGCAGACAAACCCAACCAACUGGAAGAAAGAAUGACAGAUAGAUUUUAAAGAAAUUAGAAAGGUUGGCAUGCAUCACCCCCACACGUGUGGGAGUGCCAUGCCAUCAGACAAUGACACAUUUUGUCCUACUUUCUCAUCUCUAUCCCUAUUAACCAAUAAAAUGUUAUUAUAUAUGUAUGUGGGUGUGUAUUCUCUUCUUCAUAAUAAGUUCGUAUCA